UUAUUUUUUUCAUCAUCUACUGAAGAUCAUCUAGAACACAUAAGUUUUUAGAAGACAAACAUCAUGUUUCUGUGAAAUUGAAAUCACUGAUACAAUUUAACUUUAUCCACGUAUAUGGAGGUCAGGGAUUCCCCUUCACCGUCAACAAAAAGCAAACAGGCAUAAGGAGGAGCAAGGUUAUAAACACCUUGACUACUGGACUGAUGACUAAUGGACAAGAUGCCCAUGGGGGGCAAAUCCACUUUCUUCCAAAACAUUUUAAAUCUAGAUUCUGCUUUUACUUAAUGGGUAUACAGCUUACUAACGGAUCAUAUUACACAUAUAAAAAUCAGGUAUUAAGUACAAAGGAGCUGAGAGCAGGUAUACAGGCAUAACAGGCCAGCAGGGGAUUAGGUGGCUAAGUGCUGGGCUCUUUAUCAGACCACUUGGGUUUGAAACCCAUUUUGUCCACUUACUAGCAAUGUGACUCUGGACAAGUUAUUUAACCUCAUAUCUGUAAAAUGGUGGCAAAUGUAGAGGAAUUACUUCAAAGGUUAAGAAGAUCAAAUGAUUUAAUACACAUACAAUCCUCAGAGCUGUGCCAGCAUGCAAUAAGCCCUCAAUAACAGUUUCCUGCUGUAUGUAUGCAAUGAGUUCAACUAUGAAGUUGAGAAAUACUGCCAACCAUCUGUGGCCCCUCGUGCUUCUUAGCAGGGACACUGCAGAGUUCUACCCCUGGCCCAUGUACUUACUCAAUGCCAUCAACGAGCCCCCAGUCAUCAAGAUAACCCACCCACGCAUUUCCGGUGGUGAUGACCUCCCCACGAGAACAUGCCUCUUGCGAAGGAUCUCCUGCACCCGUCCCCAGAAGAGGAGAAGAGGAAGCACAAGAAGAAGCGCCUGGUGCAGAGCCUCAACUCCUACUUCAUGGACGUGAAGUGCCCAGGAUGCUACAAAAUCACCACCAUCUUCAGCCACGCACAGACGGUAGUUCUGUGUGUCGGCUGUUCUACUGUCCUCUGCCAGCCCACGGGAGGAAAAGCAAGGCUUACAGAAGGAUGCUCCUUCAGGAGGAAGCAGCACUAAAAGCUCCCUGAAUCAAGAUGAGUGGGACACUAUCCCAAUAAACAGAUUUUGGAUAAAAAAAAAAAAGAUAACCCACCCACAAUGUUUUCUUCAAUGUCCCCCACGAAACAGCAAUGGAGGGUGGGUGAACUGAUAACAUCACAUGAGAGAGGGGCUGAUCAAUAUGAGGCAUUAUCUAAAGAUGGAAGACAAGGCUAAAACGAAUGUAGUAAUGAACUACAUAAACAUCAAGCACCUACUGUGUACAA